CAAACCACUAAAUCCUAAGCCAGAGGCAGCAUCCUUUUGUCAGUGAAUGAUGGCGGAGCUGAGUGGCUUGUCAUCAUUCUCGAAAAUUCUAAGCCUAGUGAGCUCUCUCUCACUCUCCUACUUGCCUUAUUUUCCUUUCCGCCACUGCGGGGACUUUUUCUAAUUUGCAGCUUCCCUUUCCACGGCACACACAGACAGGAGCUGGUGGCUUUCAGACUGCGUCUGUCUGGAGCUAGCGACACAGAACAGAGGGAGUGUUCCUGAAGCAGGGUUCUGCAGCAGCUCUUACAGACUCCAUUCGAGGGGUAUUGCUGCAUAUCUACCGGUUCCUCAGCUUGUCUCUAACAGAGGAGGCACUGAUUGGGAAGCACUCAGUCAGAAAAUUAAAAGAAAGAAGCCAGAACAUACCACCAGCUGUUUGAGAAUACAACAUAACAAACGUCACUACUUUACAACUUCCUUGAAUUGGUGACAGUACAGAGAUCUGAAAGAUGGCCGACGAGCGGAAAGAUGAAGGAAAGGCACCACACUGGACAUCAGCCUCACUCACAGAGGCAGCUGCACACCCUCACUCUCCAGAGAUGAAGGACCAGGGUGGGGCAGGGGAAGGGCUGAGCCGAAACGCCAAUGGAUUUCCAUACAGAGAGGAGGAGGAAGGCGCCUUUGGGGAGCACAGGUCACAGGGCACCUAUUCAGAUACCAAAGAAAAUGGGAUCAACGGAGAGCUGACCUCAGCUGACAGAGAAACAGCAGAGGAGGUGUCGGCAAGGAUAGUUCAAGUAGUCACAGCUGAGGCUGUAGCAGUCCUGAAAGGUGAACAAGAGAAGGAAGCCCAAUACAAGGACCAGCCUGCAGCUCUGCCUUUAGCAGCCGAAGAAACAGCUAAUCUGCCACCUUCCCCACCACCAUCGCCAGCCUCAGAACAAACAGCCACAGUGGAGGAAGAUUUACUUACAGCCUCGAAGAUGGAGUUCCCUGAGCAGCAGAAAUUUCCUUCCUCAUUCGCUGAGCCUUUAGACAAGGGAGAAAUGGAGUUUAAGAUGCCAAGUAAGCCUGGUGAAGACUUUGAACAUGCUGCCUUAGUUCCUGAUACAAGUAAAACUCCCCAGGAUAAAAAGGAUCUCCAAGGCAUGGAAGGAGAAAAGUUGCCUCCAACUCCAUUUGCACAGACUUUCGGUACCAACCUGGAAGACAGGAAACAGAGCACAGAACCAAGCAUAUCAAUGCCUAGCAUUGGCCUCUCAGCAGAGCCCUCAGCUCCAAAAGAGCCAAAAGACUGGUUCAUUGAAAUGCCCACGGAAUCAAAGAAGGAUGAAUGGGGUUUAGCUGCCCCAAUAUCUCCUGGCCCCUUGACACCCAUGAGGGAAAAAGAUGUGCUAGAGGAUAUCCCAAGGUGGGAAGGGAAGCAGUUUGAUUCUCCCAUGCCAAGCCCCUUCCAUGGUGGAAGUUUCACUCUUCCCUUAGACACUAUGAAGAAUGAGAGAGUCUCAGAAGGGCCACGACCCUUUGCCCCUAUCUUCUUCCAAUCAGAUGACAAAGUGUCUCUGCAGGACCCCAGUGCUCUAGCUACUUCCAAAGAGAGUUCUAAAGAUGAGGAGCCACAGAAAGAUAAAGCAGACAAAAUGGCAGAUGUUUCCAUCUCAGAAGUUACCACUUUACUGGGAAAUGUUCAUAGUCCAGUUGUGGAAGGCUAUGUUGGGGAGAACAUUUCAGGAGAAGAUAAGGUUACCACGAAUCAAGAGAAAAAAGAGACUUCUGUGCCCAGUGUUCAGGAACCUACACUCACUGAAACUGAACCACAGACAAAGCUUGAAGAGAAAUCAACUGUUUCCAUCGAAGAAGCUGUGGCAAAAGAAGAGGAAUCCUUGAAACUAAGAGAUGAUAAAACAGGUGUAAUUCAGACUUCCACUGAGCAGUCUUUCUCCAAGGAAGACCAGAAAGGCCAAGAACACACAAUUGAUGAGUUAAAACAAGACUCCUUCCCGAUAAGUCUGGAGCAAGCAGUUACAGAUGCAGCCAUGACCUCCAAGACCUUGGGGAAAGUUUCAUCUGAGCCAGAGGCAGUAAGUGAAAGGAGAGAAAUCCAGGGACUUUUUGAAGAGAAAACAGCUGACAAAAAUAAGCUUGAAGGAGCUGGGACUGCGACAAUAACUGAGGUUGAGAUGCCAUUUUAUGAAGAUAAAUCAGGGAUGUCCAAGUACUUUGAAACAUCUGCAUUGAAAGAAGACAUGGCAAGAAGCACUGAGUUGGGCAGUGAUUACUAUGAGCUGAGUGACUCAAGAGGAAGUGCCCAGGAAUCUCUUGAUACUAUAUCUCCCAAGAACCAACAUGAUGAAAAGGAACUUCAGGCAAAAGCAUCCCAGCCUAGUCCUCCAGCACAGGAAGCAGGGUACAGCACUCUUGCCCAGAGUUAUACACCCGAUCAUCCAUCCGAGUUACCUGAAGAACCAAGUUCUCCUCAAGAAAGAAUGUUCACUAUUGACCCCAAAGUUUAUGGAGAGAAAAGGGACCUUCAUAGUAAGAAUAAGGAUGAUCUGACACUUAGUCGAAGCUUAGGGCUUGGUGGAAGGUCUGCAAUAGAACAAAGAAGCAUGUCUAUCAACUUGCCUAUGUCUUGCCUUGAUUCCAUUGCCCUUGGGUUUAACUUUGGCCGGGGCCAUGAUCUUUCCCCUCUGGCUUCUGAUAUUCUAACCAACACUAGCGGAAGCAUGGAUGAAGGAGAUGAUUACCUGCCCCCCACCACACCUGCAGUGGAGAAGAUGCCUUGCUUUCCAAUAGAGAGCAAAGAGGAAGAAGAUAAGGCAGAGCCAACAAAAGUGACUGGAGGGCAAACUACCCAAGUUGAAACAUCCUCUGAGUCACCCUUUCCAGCCAAAGAAUAUUACAAAAAUGGUACUGUCAUGGCCCCUGACCUGCCCGAGAUGCUAGAUCUGGCAGGAACCAGGUCCAGGUUAGCUUCUGUGAGUGCAGAUGCUGAGGUUGCCAGGAGGAAAUCAGUCCCAUCAGAGGCUAUGCUUGCAGAGAGUAGUGCUAGUUUGCCACCUGUCGCUGAUGAAAGCCCAGUCACUGUAAAACCAGAUAGUCAACUUGAAGACAUGGGAUACUGUGUGUUCAACAAGUAUACAGUCCCUCUCCCAUCACCAGUUCAAGACAGUGAGAAUUUGUCAGGAGAGAGUGGUUCAUUUUAUGAAGGAACCGAUGACAAAGUCCGUAGAGAUUUGGCCACUGACCUUUCACUAAUUGAAGUAAAACUUGCAGCUGCUGGAAGAGUCAAAGAUGAGUUCACUGCUGAGAAAGAGGCAUCUCCACCCACUUCUGCUGACAAAUCAGGACUGAGUAGGGAGUUUGACCAUGACAGGAAAGCUAAUGACAAGCUGGAUACUGUCCUAGAAAAGAGUGAAGAGCAUCUUGAUUCAAAAGAACAUGUCAAGGAGUCAGAAGAGAUGGGGGAUAAAGUAGAGCUCUUUGGAUUAGGUAUAACCUAUGAUCAAACCUCCACCAAAGAACUGAUAACAACUAAAGAUACAUCACCUGAGAAAACAGAGAAAGGUCUCAGUUCAGUACCAGAGGUAGCUGAGGUUGAGCCAACCACAAAAGCUGAUCAAGGUCUAGAUUUUGCUGCAAAGAAAGCUGAGUCAAGUCAGUUAGAUAUAAAAGUCAGUGACUUUGGACAGAUGGCUUCUGGGAUGAAUGUAGAUGCUGGGAAAGCCAUAGAGCUUAAGUUUGAGGUUGCUCAGGAGCUGACGCUCUCAUCCGAAGCACCUCAAGAAGCAGAUUCCUUCAUGGGUGUUGAGUCCGGCCAUACCAAGGAAGGUGUCAAAGUCAAUGAAACAGAAGUCAAGGAGAAGGUGACAAAGCCUGACUUAGUGCAUCAGGAGGCUGUAGACAAAGAAGAGUCCUAUGAGUCUAGCGGUGAGCAUGAAAGCCUCACUAUGGAGUCCCUGAAGCCUGAUGAGGGCAAGAAAGAAACAUCUCCAGAGACAUCACUGAUUCAAGAUGAAGUUGCCCUCAAGCUGUCUGUAGAAAUCCCUUGCCCGCCUCCAGUUUCCGAAGCUGAUUUAUCCACUGAUGAGAAGGGUGAGGUCCAGAUGGAAUUCAUUCAGUUGCCAAAGGAAGAGAGCACAGAGACUCCGGAUAUACCUGCCAUACCUUCUGAUGUCACCCAGCCACAGCCUGAAGCAAUUGUGUCCGAACCAGCAGAGGUCCCAAGUGAGGAAGAAGAGAUAGAAGCUGGGGGAGAGUAUGACAAACUGCUCUUCCGCUCAGAUACCCUCCAGAUCUCUGACCUGCUUGUUUCAGGAAGUAGGGAGGAGUUUGUGGAGACCUGCCCAGGUGAGCACAAAGGUGUGGUUGAGUCUGUGGUGACCAUCGAGGAUGAUUUCAUCACUGUAGUACAAACCACAACUGAUGAGGGGGAGUCGGGGUCCCACAGUGUGCGCUUUGCAGCUCCAGCUCAGCCUGAGGAAGAAAGGAGACCAUGCCCUCACGAUGAAGAGCUUGAAGUAGAGAUGGCAGCAGAAGCCCAGGCAGAACCCAAGGAUGGCUCUCCAGAUGCUCCAGCUACCCCUGAGAAAGAGGAGGUUGCGUUCUCAGAAUAUAAAACAGAAACUUACGAUGAUUACAAGGACGAGACCACCAUUGAUGACUCCAUUAUGGACGCCGACAGCCUGUGGGUGGACACUCAAGAUGAUGAUAGAAGCAUCUUGACAGAGCAGUUAGAAACUAUUCCUAAAGAGGAGAGAGCUGAGAAGGAAGCUCGGAGACCGUCUCUCGAGAAACAUAGAAAAGAAAAGCCUUUUAAAACCGGGAGAGGCAGAAUUUCCACUCCUGAAAGAAAAGUAGCUAAAAAGGAACCUAGCACGGUCUCCAGGGAUGAAGUGAGAAGGAAAAAAGCAGUUUAUAAGAAGGCUGAACUUGCUAAAAAAUCAGAAGUUCAGGCCCACUCUCCUUCCAGGAAACUCAUUUUAAAACCUGCUAUCAAAUACACUAGACCAACUCAUCUCUCCUGUGUUAAGCGGAAAACCACAGCAGCAAGUGGUGAAUUGGCUCAGGCUCCCAGUGCUUUUAAACAGGCGAAGGAUAAAGUCACUGAUGGAAUAACCAAGAGCCCAGAAAAACGUUCUUCCCUCCCAAGACCUUCCUCCAUCCUCCCUCCUCGCAGGGGUGUAUCAGGAGACAGGGAGGAGCACUCUUUCUCUCUGAAUAGCUCCAUCUCUUCAGCACGACGGACCACCAGGUCAGAACCAAUUCGCAGAGCAGGAAAAAGUGGCACCUCCACACCUACUACCCCUGGAUCGACUGCAAUCACCCCUGGCACUCCCCCAAGUUACUCUUCACGUACCCCAGGCACCCCGGGAACCCCGAGCUACCCCAGGACACCAGGAACCCCCAAAUCUGGCAUCUUGGUGCCCAGUGAGAAGAAAGUUGCCAUCAUCCGCACUCCUCCAAAGUCCCCAGCUACUCCUAAGCAGCUUCGGCUUAUUAACCAACCACUGCCGGACCUAAAGAAUGUCAAGUCCAAAAUCGGAUCAACUGACAACAUCAAAUACCAGCCUAAGGGGGGUCAGGUUAGGAUUUUAAACAAGAAGAUCGAUUUUAGCAAAGUUCAGUCAAGAUGUGGUUCCAAGGAUAACAUCAAACAUUCUGCUGGGGGCGGAAAUGUACAAAUUGUUACUAAGAAGAUAGACUUAAGCCAUGUGACAUCCAAAUGUGGCUCUCUAAAGAACAUCCGUCAUAGGCCAGGUGGUGGACGUGUGAAAAUUGAGAGUGUAAAACUGGAUUUCAAGGAAAAGGCCCAAGCUAAAGUUGGCUCACUUGACAAUGCUCACCACGUACCUGGAGGUGGUAAUGUGAAGAUUGACAGCCAAAAGUUGAACUUCAGAGAGCAUGCAAAGGCCCGCGUAGAUCAUGGGGCUGAGAUCAUCACACAGUCCCCAAGCAGGUCCAGCGUGGCGUCACCCCGACGACUCAGCAACGUCUCAUCUUCUGGAAGCAUCAACCUGCUCGAAUCCCCUCAGCUUGCCACUUUGGCUGAGGAUGUCACUGCGGCGCUUGCUAAGCAGGGCUUGUGAAUCCUUCUCCUUUAGCACGGGAGUAACAUUUAGGCAUGAGCUCUUGGCAGGAGUGGGCUCUGAGCAGGUGUCAUAUUCAUUCUUUACAAACCAUAGAGAAAUAAUUUCAUCCCCCAACUGUAGUAAUUGUUACAAUUUUAUAUAAAAAAAUGAAUAGUAUAUGCAGAAAAUGACCUGAAUUCCAUCCGCAACAAGAACACAUGGCUUUACAUGGAUACAAUCGGACAAUUAUUUUCGCUCUGCUCUGUUUUGCAUGGAGUAUUAUUAUUAUUUUUUAAAUUGCAUUUUUACCUUUCAUGUGCCUGAAGGCUAUCCAAUACAUUCUGAAAGGCCUUGUUAAAAAUCCAAGCUGCUCAUUUCCCUAUUCUGUUUAUGGUUGAAAAGAUUAAAACCUACCCAUUGUUACUUACUACAGGUUCAAUGAAAUCAAGGAGUCUGGUUGCAGGAAGGAAAGAGCAUGUAAGAAACACAUUUUUUAAAGUGUUAUUUUGUAUAAAUGGGAAGAAAGAUGCAAUUAAGUUAUUGAUGCUUGGGACCUGGAUGAGUAUAUCAGAGUAUGCCAUUCCAAUAAAUUAUUUAACUACAAGCUAGAUUUAAGGCAUUUGAGCGUUGGUUGGAGAAGUGGAAUCAAAGUGCAUCUCUUAGGAUUGAUGCACUUUUGUUAGGAUGGGCUUGUGUCUGAUUAGAAUGUCAGUCGAUUGGCUAGAUUUGUAUCCACACAAUCAGUUUCACACCCCCAUUCCAUCUGUUUGAUACAGUAUUAUAGUUAUAAAUAUAUAUAUAUAUAUUUCUCUGUGGCCAUUUGUGAUACUUCCUCAUAUACUUGAAUAUGAUACUUCUUUAUUCACAGUAUCUGUGUCUCCUGCACCCUUUGGUGUUGCAAUUUUAGGUAUGUGAAAGUAGAUGUUAGCAGGGUUCUCUCCCUAUUUAAAAAUAAAUUUUAAAAAGACAAAGAGUUUUAGCAUGAAGUUGCUUUCUGUAACAACUCAAAGCUGUAACCCUGUUUUAGUGCCAGAAUCAAGUCUUUCCUGUGAUGCUAGAACAUUUUGUCUUUCUUUGCUUCCACCAACAUGGAGUUUGUGGAGUGGGUCCAGUUAUGCAUAAAGGGGUUUACAGAUGUGGGUUCAAGGAUUAUGGAUUUAUCUCAUGUAUAAUCACUGAAUAGUUCGGGUUUUAUCCCUUUAAUUAUCCAUGACACCAAUCUCUUACUAUUCAUUACUCUUUCUUCUAUUUCCUUUUUCCAUUUGCUAAAGUUGAAAGUAGGAAAAAAUAAUUUUGAAUAGCUUUUCUUGUUCUCCAAAUAGUAUCUGUUCAUUAAAUUCUGUGAUAGAAUAUAUUCGGCUUCCUUCCCCCAAAGACCUCUUGAUCAAAGAUGAAAAAUACAACAUAUAAAGAAGCUAUGUAUGUAAUACUUUUGAGACACAGAUAUCUAAAUCCAUCUCUCCAGGAUUCUUCAUGAACAUGGAACCUGGUAUUACUUAUUCAUGAGUAAACGCUAUUUUUUUCUUGUUUUAUAUACAAUCUAGACAUCACAAUUCAAUUACUAUCAUUUACAAAUCAUAUUUAAGGAAUAAGUAAUAGUCUACGGCCCAAAAUAAGGCAGAGCACUAUCAAACGGAGUGGACUUUUUUCUUAAUAUUUAAUUUGUUCUUUUGCUUGCUCGGGAUUGGUGGAUGGAAUCUGCAGAGAUAAAUGUGAAAAGUUGUCUGGGUGUUUUAUGUCUCUGAAAUAAAGCAAGCCCUGUAUACAAAGGAGAAGGUGGACAUGAAGAAGACAGGAAGAUGUAGGAGUGUCUAAGACAGAAGGCAAGAGGAUGCAAAAGCGGAGAGAAACAGGUGGCAGUUUAGUGACCCAUUGAGUAUUAUGACCAAUGUGACAGUCACAUAGAAAGCUUAGCAUCAAAAGGAGACAGUCUUCAUGGCUAGUAGGUACACACACACUACAGUUGUCUUUGUAAAGUGGUUAUUUUUUAUAUAACUUUGAAACUACUGAAUAAUGGUUGUUUUCACUCUGGACAACCCAUUCCUUACCUUCUCUUGAAAUGCACAGGAAAUGAAAGAAGGAAUGACUGUGUGUGGAGAAGUACAGUCUUUUCUUACAUGUUUUGAUAGACAAGGAUUAAAGUUGUCUAGGGAAAAAAAGGUACCAGAUAAUCCAUGUGGUUUUAAACUAUGCAGAAAAUAAUUUCAACCCAGUUUAUUAUAAAAAUUAAGACUAAGUAAACAUUUUCUUUGUGUUAAAAUUCAGUUUCUUAUGAUGCGUGUUCAAAAAAAUUAUGUAAACCCCAAUGUUAAUAGAUCUAGCACUAAAAUAAUCAUUUUUUUCUAAUGUCAAAACAAUUAUAAUGGAUAUAAGUCCUUGUUCUAUGUGAAAUGUGUUUCUCUAUAAAGUUAUCACAAGAAGGACCUGAAUUUUUAUAGGAGACAGACAGAGAAAUGCACAGGCUAAAAUCAUUUCCUUAUGGGAAUGUGGGAUGGAGCCCACCUUACCUACUCUCUUAAGAUAAUGACUCAAAUUAAGCUUUUUGGACACCACUUUUGUGGGGAUACACAUACGCUGAUCUAGAAAUGAAAGGUGCACUACUCCAUUUCUAGAUCCACUAAUGCCAGUUUCUCUCUGGCUUUAGCCUUUGAGAACCUGUUUAAGAAUACGUAAAUAUCCAGAGCUCGGAAGAGUUCCAAGGCCCACUUUUUCAAUGAACUCACACACUCUGGGUCUCCUGCAACUGACAAUUGGGUACCUUGCAACAAUGCAGGAAGGAUCCGAGUCUAUGAUGAGUUUCAAAGGCCGAGUUCCUUUAGGAACUGACUCUCUCUGGAUCUGCCUGCUGCGUUCCAGCAGGAUGACAGGCUGAAAUCCCACCCAUAGGAAAAACCCCUGUGCAAUUCCAGCUCAGUUUGGCUGAAGGUAGCUGAAGAAGAGAUCCAGUAAAGGGAAGAAUAAACUGUAGUUGGCCUUCUCCACACACACUCACACAGAUGUGGGGUAGAAGAGAGAUAUAAUAUAAUGCCAAAUGUAGCAUUAUGUCAGUGGUAGUAAAAGAAAUGAUAUAAGUGAGAAUAAUUCUGACAGCCUCAUUUAUAGCUUUCCUCUCAUAUUUCAUGCCACGGGGGAAAAAAGGAAAUGAUUUGUGGUAGAAGUAGCAAAGUAAAAGUAGUUUAAUAAUUUGGAAAAGGAAAAUUUCAGGCAUUUCUCCAAGAUUGAUGUGCUAAAAUUGAUACUUAUGUUUGUGGUUUUGGACCUAGAAAUUUUAGCCUGAAAAUGUAGAUUGAGGCCAAGUCCCUCUGUAGGAAAAGAUUUUUUUUUCAAAACCCGUAAAAAAAUGCCAAUCAUGAAAGUCCACUUCAACUUUAGCAAAAAGGGGGGAAAUUUCAACAAAAAGUAUACUCUGUAUGCUGGGAUCCCAAGGUUUCAACAGACCAUCUGUGGGGGGGUUCUUUCUUCUGAUAAUUCUAGAGCCUGUUACCAUAGAAAGGUAUUUCUUCAAUGGCUGGUUGUAGUUAGUUCAUGUUUUUCAAUCAAUUUGCAAAUGUAUUUGUUGCUGUAUAGUGAUUGUUUUGCAAAAUAAAAUUGCUUGUCACCUAA